CAGACACCGUGUGAAGAAGCUUUUCAAAAAUGGAUUACGCAAUAGCGAGAAGGAUCUUAUUUGUGAUAAUACUUGUCGCAGCAAAUCAACUGGACUGGGUGGAUGGAGGCUGCGAGCUCAAUGAUUUAGAGCGACGAAUCUGUGAAGCUGAAUUAACCUGCUCUUACGACUUCGAACCAGGAUUGAAUCUAGUCACAGACUGGUCCUGCAUUCAGCACGACUACAACGAUUAUAACUACGGUAUCAAAGACGAAGACUACAUUAUCUACCUCAAAGCAGACAACAUUGACGAAACACAUUCGUUCAAUCCAUUUAAUAUGAUUUACCAACUGAGCGACCACAUACAUACCCUAUCCUUUACAAACGGUAAAAUGAAUUCUAUUCCAGGAGUAUUCUUUUAUCUAUAUAAGGUAACAACAAUAGAUCUUUCACACAAUACGAUAGAAUUGAUAAAUUUAGCAGAAUUCUCGAAAUUGGCCAACUUAAACAUGCUUAAUGUAUCUUGCAACCAAAUAGUGGAUUUAGAAGAUUAUGACAGAACAAGUGCUAUUGGUUUCAGUCAAUUACAUACAAUAGAUUUGAGUCAUAAUGCUAUUAAAGCCAUUCCUGAUAGGUAUUUCAGUCGAUUUCCAAAUUUGCUUCACUUAAACCUGUCCCACAAUUAUAUCAAAAGCUUCAGUGUACUCUCUUUUGAAGGUUUAAUACAGCUCCAAACACUGCACGUCUCAGAUAACGAACUAACGGAAAUAGGUGCCGUUUUUGCCAGUUUAACUAAUAUAAAAGAAUUGUUUUUAGAUCACAACUAUUUGGCAAAAAUAGAGAAGAACGUUUUCAACACAAUACCCGUUUUAGAAAACCUUAAUUUGAGUUGGAAUAGUUUAGCUGAUUUUGAACCCACAGUGUUUGAUUCUAUGGUAGCAUUAAGAAAAUUGGAUUUAAGCAGUAACAAAAUUAAAGUUAUUACCAAGAGGUUAUUUCUGUAUAACUUAAACCUACAAUCACUUGACAUUUCAUUGAAUUUAAUUUCUAAAAUUGAACCAGGAGCGUUUGAGGGAAAACACAUAGUAGACUUUAAAAUCGAUGAUAUUCCUUUUUCAGGGUGUUUGCAGAAAAACAUAUUUCAAGGAAUUUUCAUGAAAAAACUUGACUUGAGUCGAGGUAACAUAACUGAGCUAGGUCCUGAGCUAUUUGAAGAUCAGUUUGAAUAUUUAAAUUUCAGACAUAAUUUCAUUUCUAAAAUAGAUAAAAUGACAUUUAGCAAACUUCGACUUUUAACAGAUCUUGAUCUUUCAUACAACCAAUUGCAAAGUAUAGAAUUUGAUACGUCAAAUUUAAAAAAUCUUUCCUAUUUCUAUGUCAACAAUAAUAAAAUUAAAACAAUAUCAAAAGAUAUGUUUGCUUAUCUCAGAAAUUUGCAAGUUUUAGAUUUAUCGUAUAAUAUAAUAGAGGAAGUUCAAAUGCAGUCUUUUGAGCACUUAAAUAAGAUAAAAAUUUUAAAAUUAAAUAACAAUCCUCUAUUGACAGUAAUGCCUUCACAGUUGUUGAAGGGGCUGGUUUCAUGUACUGUUCUCGAUUUGUCUUAUACUCGUGUUAACAAGAUUAAAAGCCAAGCAUUUGAAGGCAUGAAAUCAUUACAAACGUUCAACUCCUCGCACAGUAAUCUCACAGUUUUGGAAACCAAUGCAUUUGGAGGGACAGGUUCAAUACAAGUUCUUGAUUUUUCAUAUAAUGAAAUAGAAAUCUUUUCAUUAAAUAAUACCAGUAUAAAACUAGUGGGAGAAAUAGAUUUACAGUACAAUAAACUUCAAUAUAUAACCGGAAAUACUUUUUUGGAUUUGACUGAUUUACGAUGGUUAAGUCUUAGAGGUAAUAACUUACUCAGAAUUGAAAAUGAUGCUUUUAGAAAUCUUCAUAAUCUUCUUAAAAUAGACAUUUCUGCUAAUCAAAGAGUGGUGUUUAAUUCAUCAAUAUUCUCUGGUCUGCAAUCACUAUCCUUGGUUUUACUCAAUAAUAUUACAUCAAGGUUUAAAUUAGGAGAUAUUGUGAAUAGUUCAAUUGCAGGGUUUGAUUUAUCAUUUUGCAAUAUAACUGACAUUAAUUAUGUAUCAUUGAACCCAAUUAUUACGCUUGAAAGGUUGAAAUUGGCUUCAAAUAAAAUUGUAUCAAUAAACAAAUCAUCAUUUCAAAAGUUGCGGCAACUUUCGUGGAUCGAUCUUAGUUAUAACCAAAUCACCAUCAUACAACCAGGGUCCUUUAGCAUCAACGAGGACCUCAGCAUUUUAGACUUGAGCAAUAACUUGCUUUCGUCGCUUAAGUUUGGUGUUUUUGAUGGACUGGUAAAUUUAAACACUUUGGACUUGUCAAGUAACACAUUGCAUAGUUUUAGUGCGAGCAUAUUUCAUAAUACACCUCGCGUGCGAUUGGUGUACUUAGACAAUAAUUUGAUAGAAAAAAUUAAUUUUUACGAGUUUUCCAACGAAAACAUAAAAGAAAUUUACUUAGGUGGUAACCGUAUUCCUUGCGAUAGCUUAACUAAAUUGAAAAAGAUGUCUCUCACUUUUACUGUUAAAGCUAGGAAUGGGGUAUACGACACAGAAAAUGUUGAUGGCAUAACUUGUAUAGGUAUUGAUAACGAAAUGAAUAAAACUCAUGCUAAUGAUACAGCAGUAACAGCUAUAUCGAAUGGCUCUCUAAAUGAAUUUCAGUUAGCAGUAGAAAAAAUUCUCAACAAAAGUGAAUCAUUUUCAUUAGAAAAGUUUCUAGAUGUUUUGAAUCAAACUGAAGCUAAGAAUAAUGCAUUUCUUAAUAAGCUAGUGAAAAGCAACCAACAAGUUACCGGAGGUAUAUACCGGAUUUUAGAAAACAUACAAGAAUAUUUGAAACUUCAAAAUAGUGUAUCGGUCGAAUCUCAUCCCCCGGUAAAUGAUGAGUUACAAGUGAAUAACAAUACUGAAAAUCUAGCCCAUUUCAAGAAACAAAUUAUGUUUCAAGAAGAGGAACACGAGGUGAAGCCCAAUGUAGAUUCAAAUUCAAAAGAGCUAAAGUAUCCAUUAUAUUUCAUCGCCGCUUGCCUUGCUGUGCUUCUGUGUAUGGUAAUCCUAUCAUUUGCAUUAUUUUUAUUUAGAUUACGAAAUACGGGUGGCUUAGCGCAUAGCAUUAAUUUGUCGUAUAGUAGAGAGCCGAUUUCGAAUAUGAUGGAAAUGGAAUAAAUGUGUACAAA